AUGGCGCAAGAGGACAAGCCCGUAUCGGGACCUUCGCCUCGGCCAUCGAAAGGUGGCGGCGGCGUGGUCCGGGGCGCGUCGCUCCUCAUCCUCCUGCAAGUCGGCUCCCGCGCCCUGACAUUUGUCGCCAACCAGGUGCUUCUCCGAUUCUUGACGGCGCAGCUACUCGGUAUUUCGACACAGCUCGAGGUGUACUACUUAUCAGUGCUGUUCUUCGCACGAGAGAGCCUACGUGUUGCCAUUCAGCGACAGGCCGGCAGCGGCGACGGUGGCGAUGGCAAGAAGACAGACAACCAAGCUGCGACCAGGGCGCGGACAACCCAGGCUCUCGUCAACCUCGCCUACCUCGCCAUCUUGAUGGGGAUAGCAGCCGCCUUCAUCCUGGGCCGGCUGUACAUCUCCUCCGUGCCGGCAUCUACGGUCGCCAGCACCCCGUACCUCUCGCUGUCUCUCAGGCUGUACGGCAUCGCCGCCGUCCUGGAGCUGCUCUCGGAGCCCGUCUUCGUCAUCAUGCAGUCGCGCCUCGAUUUCGGAGCCCGCGCGUCCGCCGAGGGCAUCGCGACGUUCCUCCGGUGCUUCGCGACGCUCGGCCCCGCCGUCUGGGCGUCUCGCGCCGCCGCCGCCGGAACGGCUGGCAACCUCGGCACUCUGCCCUUCGCGCUGGGCCAGCUCGCGUACGGCACUGGGCUGCUCGCCGUCUACCUCGCGAGCGGCACGCGCCUGGCCCGGGCCGAAGGUUUCUCGCUGCUUCCCGGGCGCCUGCGCGGCGCCGACUACGUGGCCUCCUACUUCUACCAGCCCACCCUCAAGCUCGCGGGCAGCAUGAUCGCCCAGUCUUUCGUCAAGCACAUCCUCACGCAGGGCGACACCUUUCUCGUCAGCGUGCUGUCGAGCCCGACGGCGCAGGGCGUUUAUGCACUGGCCAACAACUACGGCGGCCUCGUGGCGAGACUGGUGCUCCAGCCCGUCGAGGAGAGCAGCCGGAACUACUUUAGUCGCCUCCUCUCGUCCGUGAACUCCAACGAUGAGGUCAAGGACGCCGAGGCAAAGGCUUCACUGAAGCAAGCGGCUUCAGACCUGACCACCCUCCUCCGGCUGUACAUCACGCUCUCCCUCCCAGUCGCCGCCAUAGGUUUCACCGCCGCCCAUCCACUGAUAGCCCUCGUCGCUGGCCCGCAGUGGUCAGCAUCCGGCGCUGGUGCCACGCUUUCCGUCUUCACACUCUACGUCCCUCUGCUCGCUCUCAAUGGAGUCCUCGAGGCCUUUGUCGCCUCCGUCGCGUCCGAGACGCAGGUGCAUGCACAGUCCGCCUGGAUGGGGGGGUUCUCCCUCGUAUUUGCCGGUGCCGGAUUUCUCUUUCUGCGAGUCCUUGACAUGGGUGCGAGAGGGUUGGUGUUGGCGAAUGGCGUCAACAUGGCAUGCAGGAUCAUCUGGUGCGCGGUUUUUGUCAGGAGCUACUUCAGGCAAAAGGGUGGCAUCGACUUCAGGAUCGACGAUGCCAGUCCUACGGCGGCUUCUUGGGCAGUGAUGGCCGCCGCGGCCGGAGUCGUGAGCAGGGCAAGCUCUUUCCGUGUGGGCAGCUCGAAGGAUGCACUGGUAGAAUUGGUCAAGCUCGGGCUGAUUGCAGUCCCGUUCGUCGCGGCAUUAGCCAUUGCCGAACGCAACUUUAUCCGCAACUGCUAUGAGACGGUCCGCGGCCGACGCCAAGGCGCCUCUACUGCCGCAUCAUGA